GGUGUCUAAUUAAAUUAUUGUGGGCGAAUCCAGCCAAUGGCGGAGGAAAGGAGGGAGACGCGCGCCUGACAGCCCGAAGCCCCUCCCCCACGUUCGCAGCACAUUGGAAGUGCGAAUAAGACGCUCGUAUAUAAGGAACCCGAAACUAUUUUGUCACUUGCAGAUGCGGGGAGUUGUGAAAAGCGGGCGGUGUGGCUGAGGAGGUCAGCCGAGCAGCAGCAGCAAAAGCAGCAGCAGCAACAGCAGCCCCUGGACCCCCCGCACAGGAGCCCCGCGCGCGCACGGGACAGGUACCACGGAGAGCGCCCGCGCUUCUGGAAGUUCAGUGACCAAGCCGCAGCCUUGCACUGAAUUUCUGGCGAACUAUGCAGUUGGGAGAACCGGUCCUUCCCAGCUCCACCAUCAACCUGCCCAAGCCCUUCUACAACCUGUCAUCCGAAGGCGGCGGGGCUACGAGCCCGGCGUCGGCGCCCGUGGACUUUCAGGAGGCGGCUCGCACGGAGCCGCACCCGGCCAACGGCCCGAAGAAGUACCUGGCCGGGGGGGUGGACGACAUGCUGAACGAGGGCGAAGGUGACGCGUUUCCCGGGACUAAACCAGCUCAGGACGCCAGGAAAAGUUCACCGGUGCUCGGGGAAGACGAGCUGUCCGGCGGCCGCCGCUACAACUUGGACGAGCUGGCCUCCGACAGGUACUUCCUCUCGUCGGCGCAGGGCUCCUCCGACGUGGCGAACCCGUGCUCCAUCUUCCCGUACACGGGCCAGACCGGGACGGUGUAUCCCGGGUCAAACGGAUCCCGGUACCCGGCCUCCUUGCACUAUGGAUCUGUCCUGCCGCCCACGGGCUUCUCCUCGGCUGUAUGUGCGGGACGAAGCCAGUUCGGCGCUGGCUACCAGUUCGGACAGGGUCCGGGCUGCCUCUACCCCUCAUAUCCGGGAACCAGUUCGGGCAUCGGCUCCAUGGCCAUCCCUGGCAGCGGGACUGGGCCCAGGGCUCAGGUGUACCUGUGCAACCGGCCUCUGUGGCUCAAGUUCCACCGACACCAGACCGAGAUGAUCAUCACCAAGCAGGGCAGGCGGAUGUUCCCCUUCCUGAGCUUCAACAUCACGGGUCUCAACCUGUCCGCCCACUACAACGUGUUCGUAGAGGUGGUCCUGGCUGAUCCGAACCACUGGAGGUUCCAGGGCGGCAAAUGGGUCACCUGCGGCAAGGCGGACAACAACAUGCAAGGUAAUAAGAUAUAUGUGCACCCUGAGUCUCCAAACACGGGGGCCCACUGGAUGAGACAGGAGAUCUCCUUCGGAAAACUUAAAUUAACCAACAACAAGGGGGCCAAUAACAACAACACACAGAUGAUCGUACUUCAGUCUCUUCAUAAAUAUCAGCCUAGGCUGCACAUUGUUGAGGUCACAGAGGAUGGAGUCGAAGAUAUGAGCAAUGAAUCCAAGACCCAGACCUUCACAUUCCCGGAGAACCAGUUCAUUGCCGUCACAGCGUACCAGAACACUGAUAUCACACAGCUGAAAAUCGAUCACAACCCUUUUGCGAAAGGCUUCAGAGACAACUAUGAUUCGAUGUACACGGCCCCCGAGAACGACAGGCUGACUCCGUCCCCCACCGACUCGCCACGGUCCCACCAGAUCGUGCCUGGGGCUCGCUACGCCAUGCAGCCCUUCUUCCAGGACCAGUUUGUCAACAACCUACCCCAGAAUCGCUUCUACAACGGCGAGAGGGCUGUACCCCAGACCAGUGGCCUGCUGUCUCCGCAGACCGAAGAAGGGGCGGCUGCAGCCACGCAGCGCUGGUUCGUUGGUCCCAUGCAGCAGUCGGGCUCCGGCAAGCUGGACCUGGCCUACGAGGGGGACUACUCCACGGGUGGCCUGCUGCCCUACGGCAUUAAGCCCCUGCCACUGCAGACCUCCCAUGCGCUCGGCUACUACCCAGACCCCGCAUUUGCAUCUAUGGCUGCAGGCUGGGGCUCCAGAAGCACAUACCAGCGCAAAGUGGCUACGGGCCUGCCCUGGUCCCCACGACCCAGCCCUCCAGGCUUUCCCGAAGACCCCCUGUCCAGCAAGGAUAAGGCCAGGGAGGAGAGCAGCAGCAGCUCCACAUGGCUGGACACCCCUCAUUCGCUGAAAUCCAUGGACUCUGUGGACUCUGGUGUCUACUCGAUGGUCUGCAAGCGGAGACGAGUGUCUCCAGGCAGCUCCAGCACAGAGAACUCACCCACUAUCAAGUGUGAGGACUUGACGGCUGACGAAUACAACAAGGAGAACCCCAAGGGCAUGGGCUACUACGCCUUCUACACGAGCUCUUAAACCUCUUUUAUUUCCACAUGUAUGAAGUCAGUUUGUAUUUCUGUUCAAGUGCCACUUUUUACCUGUACUUGACUUUUUUGUAUUGUGCCAAAGCUUUUAAUGCUCCGAGCAAGUUGCGUUGAAGAUUAUCCCCUCGGUGUGACAUGACUAAGGAUUUUGUUUUUGGGCUUUUAAUUUUAUUAUUAUUCUUAUCAUCAUUAUUAUUAUUAUUAUUAUUAUUAUUAUUAUUAUUAUUAUUAAGCAUGCCACCCAUGAGCGUUUUGUACAAACUAGCAUUAUUUAUUGAAGGUUCUUUGCUGUACAGUAUUUGUCCACUAUACAAUGUGAAGUAUCUUGUACAAAAUGUUUACAUGGCAGUGUUAUUGAAUUCAGAAAAAGAAAAAAUAAAAUAAAA